UGUUUGAUUGUUGUUGUGUAAAAGCACAAUUUUAUUUGACAAGUCUCCAACUAACCUAAAAUGUAUUUUUCAAAAUAUUUAUGUAUUUAAACUAUUAAUGGUGCAAAGUUGCCCAAAAUGGAGGAAAAUAAGCAUUCUGAGGAUGAAACACAAAAGUCGGAACCUUCAAAUAUCUCUAGUGGCGAAAAUGAGUCGAAAAUUGAGUCAAAUGAACAACCUCCAGGUGAGGCGGUUAGUGCAGCUCCAUCCGAUCAAAAAUUAGAAGCGACAGAACUUUCAAAGGCCCCUAGUGGUGAAAAUGUAUCAAAAGCAGAGUCUACACAAGAUGCAGCGUCAUAUGACCCCAAAAACGUGCACUAUGAAGGGGAUUUAGCCGUCUACACUGACCCCAACACUGGCACCCAAUAUGAGUGGAGUUCUGAGAAAAGUGAGUGGCGUUUGCGGGAAGUUGUGUACAGUUUUGAAGGGGACACUCAUGUCUACACCGAUAAAGACGGUGUUAAAUAUUUCUGGGAUAAGGAGAAGAGUGCUUGGUUUCCAAAAGUGGACGAUGAGUUUAUGGCAAGGUAUCAAUUGAAUUACGGUUUUAUUGACAAUAAUACGCAAAAGGACGAGAAGAAGGUGGAGGAGGAGGACCCAAAACCGGAGAAAAGUGAACCUAAACCAAAAGCUGAGAAGCGGAAAGCUUCAGAACCGACUUGGUUUGAAGUUGAUGAGACCGAAAAUACAAAAGUUUACGUUAGUAAUUUACCGACGGAUAUAGAGGAGCAAGAAUUUGUGGAUUUGAUGCAGAAAUGCGGACUCGUGAUGAAGGACCCCACUAACGGUAGUUUCAAGAUAAAGUUGUACAAAGAGCCAGGUACRGGUUACCUUAAAGGCGACGCCCUUUGCACUUACAUUAAAAUAGAGUCAGUCGAAUUAGCCCUCAGUUUACUGGACGGUUACGACCACAAGGGCCAUAAAUUGAAAGUGGAGCGCGCCAAAUUCCAAAUGAAGGGCGCAUACGACCCCAAACUGAAGCCCAAAAUGAAAAAACGCAAAGAAAAACUCAAACUCAAAAAAAUGCAAGAGAAACUGUUUGAUUGGCGACCGGAAAAACACGCAGACGAGCGCGCCAAACACGAGAAAGUCGUCAUUGUGAAAAACCUCUUCGACCCGGCGAUUUUCGACACGGACGUGGGCCUCAUCCUGGAAUUCCAAGAGGACUUAAGAGAGGAAGUUUCCAAAAUCGGGGAAGUCCGGAAGGUUAUGAUUUACGACCGGCACCCAGAAGGAGUGGCUCAGAUCAACAUGUCGAGCCCUGAGGAGGCCGACGAGGUUGUAAAGUUGCUAAACGGUCGGUGGUUCAUGAAAAGACAACUCACCGCCGAGAUUUGGGACGGAAAAACUAAGUUUAAAAUCGCAGAAACUGACGCGCAGAUUAACGAACGGUUGGACAACUGGGACAAGUUUCUGGAGGAGGAUAAACCACAAAAUGAAUCGGCUCCAAAAUAAUUGUGUAAAUAUUAAUAAGCGAUAAAUAAAAAAUAAGUUUGAA